AUGGCAGAUUUGUUCAUCAAGCAGGCAGAGCAGUACUCUGUGGGCAGGCCUUCUUACCCGAAAAUACUCUUCGAUUUCAUCGCAUCAAAAACACCUUCACGUGAUCUUGCUUGGGAUGUCGGCACUGGCAGCGGCCAAGCUGCUCGAUCUCUAGCUAAUAUCUACAAGAAUGUUAUAGCAACAGACACAAGCCCAAAACAACUCGAAUUCGCAGACAAAUUUCCGAACAUAACUUACAAACAUACCUCUCCAUGCAUGACCAUGUCCGAACUCCAAGAAAAAAUCGGCCCGAAAUCAAGUGUCGAUUUAGUCACCAUAGCCCAAGCCAUGCACUGGUUUGACCUCCCGAAAUUCUACCAGCAGGUAAAAUGGGUCCUCAAAAAGCCCGAUGGGGUCAUAGCGGCAUGGUGCUACACGACUCCGGAAGUCAACCCUGGAGUUGACUCAGUGUUGCAAAGAUACUACACAGAUGGUGCGGGCCCGUACUGGGAUCCGGCCCGUAAGUUCGUCGAGGAGAAGUAUGAGACCAUUGAUUUUCCAUUCGAGCCGGUAGAUGGGCUCGAGAAUAAUGGGCCCUUCAGGUUUGAUUCGGAGAAGGUGAUGGAUUUGGAGGGGUAUUUGACUUACUUGAAGUCAUGGUCAGCUUACCAAACGGCUAAAGAGAAGGGCGUGGAGCUUCUGACCGACGAUGUGGUCGAGGGCUUCACGAGGGCGUGGAAUGAAGAUGGGAAAAUCGAGAAAGUUGUCAUUUUUCCUGUGUAUUUGAGGAUUGGGAAAAUUGGGUCGUAA